AUGCCUGACACACCGGAAAGACAUUCCUCGCCGCCGAGUUCCGACCCUGGUCAUGAGCAGGUUAUCGAGGCCGACGACAACGUGGAAUCAGAUGACGAUGCCGACUCCGCUUUGGGUCCAGAUGCCGAGAGCUCGACCGCUUCAAUUACUUCGAGUAUUUUGCGGUACAGAACCAUCCAAGGUCGCACAUACCAUAGCGACAGAGGCAAUGCAUUUUAUUGGGGAUCCAACGACGAAGCCCAGAGUGAAGCUAUGGACAUCAUUCAUCACAUGUGGACACUAGCGCAGGAUGGAAAGCUAUACCUGGCACCUAUUCCAUCAGAUGUCAAGGUGGUCCUUGACGUUGGUUGCGGUACAGUCGUGUGGAGUGACUUUGCAGACGAGUUCCCUGGCUGUGAAGUCGUCGGUACCGACAUCUCGCCUAUCCAGCCUUCUUGGGUCCCGCCCAACUUGAAAUUCGAAAUCGAUGAUUGCACUCAAGAGUGGACAUUUGGGCCAGAAUCAUUUGACUACAUUCACAUUCGUUACCUUGUGGGUACGAUUCCUGACUGGACCGAGUUAUUCAAGCAAGCAUACAAGGGACUUAAGCCGGGAUGUUACUUGGAGAGCUUCGAAGCUUCGCCGACAAUCGAGAGCGAUGAUGGAACCGUUACCCCCGAGUCAGCAAUGGGUCAGUGGGCCGACAUCUUCAUUGAGGGGUCCAAAACGACCGGGCGAACGUUCACGGUCCUCGCCGAUAACCUUCAGCGAAAAGCAAUGGAAGAGGCUGGGUUUGUGGACAUCGAGGAGUGGAAUUUCAAGUGCCCGCUCAGUCCUUGGCCCAAAGACCCGAAGUUGAAGGAAAUGGGCCAAUUUGGACAGCUCUUUGCAACGCAAGAUACUGAAGGGCUGUUGACCUUCGUGGCCAACGUUUUGGGCUGGUCUCUGGAGAGAUUCCAUGUGUAUAUCUCACAGUUCCGCCGCGAGAUUCGGGAUCGUAGAAACCACCCGUAUUUCCGCAUCAAGGUGCUUUGGGGGCGUAAGCCAUAG